ACCGCAUCGACCUGACCAAGAGACACUAAUAGGAUUUGAAUUUUCCGGAAAAGAUCUAAGUGGUCGUAGAAUAGCUGGGAUGACUAGCAUUCAAGGUAUUUCAUCCUAUUUUACUUCAGAUCCUUCCUCAAUUUGGAAAAUACCAGAAUCAUGGACACUUGAAGAUGCGGCAACGGUUUCUGUUGUGUAUUGCACUGUUAUUUAUGCUCUUUUCAUGGUUGGCGAUAUGAAACCGGGUUCCUCAAUUCUUAUUCACUCCGUCACUGGUGGUAUUGGACUAGCUGCCUUGAACGUUUGUCUUCACUAUAAAUGCGAAAUUUAUGUAACGGUUGGCACUCAGGAAAAAAGAGCAUAUUUAAAAGAAAACUAUCCGCAAAUUCCAGACAACCAUAUUGGGAAUUCACGAGACACUUCGUUUGAACAAAUGAUUAAAACAGAAACCCGGAAUAAAGGUGUUGACAUAAUUUUGAACUCCCUAAGUGAGGAUAAAUUGCAGGCUUCGAUUAGGUGUUUAGCACAAGGAGGAAAGUUUAUGGAAAUUGGCAAAUACGAUUUGGCCAAUGACAGUUCUUUAAAUCUUUUGUUCAUGGAAAAGGAAAUUAGCUACCACGGCAUAUUGUUUGAUGUCGUUUUUAGAAACUUUAAGGAAAUGACAUCUAUAGUGGUGAAACGUUUAAUAGAGGGAAUUGGAGAAGGUUUUGUAAAACCACUUCCCAGGGCACUAUUCAGUGCAGAUGAAGUUGAAAAAUCGUAUAAAUACAUGAUGACGGGUAAACACAUUGGCAAAAUACUGAUCAAACUACGGAAUGAAGAAGAAGAUAGUGUUAGUACAUUUCACAUGAUGUCAAAUCCACGUUUCCAUUGUGACGUGCGUUACACCUAUGUCGUUAUUGGAGGACUAGGUGGAGUUGGUUUAGAAUUAGGCGACUGGUUGGUCCUGAGAGGUGCAAGAAAACUAGUAUUAACUUCGAGAUCGGGUAUUCAAACUGGUUACCAACAGCAAAGAAUACAAAUUUGGACAACAUACGGCAUCGAAGUAAAAAUUUCAAUGAAAGACGUAACCACCCAACGAGGAUGUGAAGAUUUAAUCAACGAAGCGACCGAGCUUGGUCCUGUCGAUGCUAUUUUUAACUUAGCUGUUGUUCUUAAAGACGCACUAUUUGAAGAUCAAACUCAAGAAACUUUCGAAACUUCGUUAGCACCAAAAGCUCGCGCCACACUAUAUUUGGAUCAAAUCACUAGGAAAUUGUGCCCAAAACUAAGGUAUUUUGUCAUAUUUUCGUCACUAUCUUGUGGUCGCGGAAAUCCGGGUCAAAGCAACUAUGGUAUGGCAAACUCUGUUAUGGAACGAAUAUGUGAGAAUCGAAAGCGAGAAGGAUUGCCAGCUGUGGCUAUUCAAUGGGGUGCAAUCGGUGAAGUCGGUUUGGCGGCAAAGAUGCAGAAGGAGAAUAAAGAAUUAGUUUUGAGUGGUACUCUCCAACAAAAGAUUUCAAGCUGUCUUGAGGUGUUGGAUGUCCUGUUAAAACAUAACUAUCCGGUGGUUUCUAGUAUGGUGGUUGCCAAAAAACAACAGAAAAAUAACAUUGUUAGUGCAGUAGAAGCUGUUUCCUUUGUUUUGGGAAUAAAUGACAUGAGAACGAUAAGUCACUAUACGACAUUUACGGAACUCGGUAUGGAUUCGAUGAUGAGUAUAGAAAUUGUUCAACUUUUAGGGAAAGAUUUUGAAAUCGACGUAACGUCUAGAGAUGUGAGAAGUUUAACAUUUGCAAAAUUAACUGAGAUGGAAAAAGAGAAAACGAACAAAUCUGUAGAAGUUUUAGACAAAAAAACAGAAGAGGGCGAAAAUUUGUUCAUUCAGUAUAUUCCCAAUCGCGAAACUAUUCGUUUGUCUGCUGUUAAAUUAAAUAGCCUUAUUGACUCACCCCUACAAGCUCCAUCCGUGUUCGUUUUACCAGGAGUGGAAAGCAUCUUCAAAACACUAGAAUAUUUGACGAAUACAUUAAAAGCACACGUCAUAAGAGUACAGAACAGUAAUGACAACCCCGAGGACUCUAUUGAAGAAACUGCACAGAACACACUACCGCAUAAGGUCAGAGACACCUCCUUCUACAUUAUUGGACAUUCAUUUGCAACUCUAGUCGCUCUAGGAAUGAUCAGUUUGUUGAGAAAAACGGGCAACAUUGUUAUAGGGGAAAAUAUUUAA